CUGACUCACUUCUGCUCUCUCCUGCACGGCGGAGCUCGAGCGCUCACGCCAACUCCACCGUCAAUGACGUCUGCGUCACGUGUCCGUCUCUUCCCUCGGUACGUCCGUCGUAUUUUCCUCCCCUCCACUGCCUGCUCUAACAGUGAGAGCCACUCGAAAUAAACAAGCGCAAAAAAGGGGGGCCGCUGUAGGGACCGGUCUGGCUUCAGUGUCACGUUUAUCACCAGCCGAUGGACAGAGGGGGCUUACACCGGCUUACACCUAUAAGUUGCCAUCAGUGAAGCCCAGACCUCCCGUCAGUUACGGGCUUCACUGAGCCCAUAUCACUGCAAACUUUUAAAAAAAUCCUGCGCUGCAUACACUGAGCUCCGACCCAGCGAGGUUUUCCCUCAAAAUUGCAGUGAGAACUACAAGUGGACCUGUGGACAUGUCCCACUGUCCUCCUUCCCCCAUUCCUGGUCUAUAGUCAACCAGAAACAACCCAUAUUCUCCCUUGCACCCCAUUCUCUGCUAUUCUUCCAACCCUCCCUACCCUGCGGUCACACCAUGGCCAGCAAAAGAAAGUCUACUAUUCCUUGUAUGAUUCCCAGCAAGAUCAUAUGCCCAGCAGAGGAGUUUGAACGGGACUCUCCUGUUCUUCUCCGUCAAUCCAGGAUUUCUGGAGGAGGCAGAUAUAGCCCCCUCGACCCAGGAGAGUCUUCCAAACCAGAAGUGGGCGAGGCCGUCAAAGACGGUGCUGGCACUUACACCUGUAAGCCUUGUAACUUUGAAACGCAUGACCUCAACUUGUUCUUGGAUCAUGUGUACUCCGGGCACCCAGACUUCCGUGCGGACCCCAGUUUCUUUUGUGUGAGCUGUGGGGUUUCUGCGCCCAAGUUUGAGGGGCUGGCCCUGCAUAAUGCCAGGGUUCACCCCAGCACACUGAACACAACCCUGCAGCUGAGAAAGAGGGACAGGAGAGUAGUGGUGGAGCAGAAUCUGGUGACUGCGGCAGAGACUGGGAAGGAUAGCGAGAUUUCUAUCACCAAAACCCCAAUUAUGAGGAUGCUGAAGGGCAAAUCAGAGCAUAAACGAAUAGUGGUGUCUCACACAGUCCCAGACGAACCUUCAUCAGACCCGCACUCCAUCUCUGCCUCCAGAGAGACUGAGAGAAAAGAGACUGCUGCAGUGACAGUCACCCAUGUACCCACAAUUGUGCACAAUGGAACAACAAAGGUCACUCUGCCCUCUGCAAUCCAGAUUGUCAACGGGUCUGGAGCAUUACCAAUGCUCAAGACUCCCAUCACACAGGUGGUCUCUGUGGUUCAGAACAGAAGCCUUCAUCAAUCUGCACCAAUUACAGCCUCCUCAAAUUUCUCCUCCAGUUCCUCACCUUCUUCCUCCAAAAACCUCCCCAAGGUGAUGAUUCCUUUGAGCAGCAUCCCUACCUACAGUGCCUCCAUGGACUCAUCCUCCUUCUUGAAGACCUCCUUUAGUAAGUUCCCGUACCCCACAAAGGCGGAGCUCUGCUACCUGACUGUGGUCACAAAGUUCCCUGAAGAGCAGAUCAAGAUCUGGUUCACGGCCCAGAGACUUAAACAAGGCAUCAGCUGGUCCCCUGAGGAGAUCGAGGAGGCCAGGAGGAAGAUGUUCAACACCAUCAUCCAGACUGCACCCUCAAGCUCGCAGAACCAGGCCCAGAGUCACCGUAGCCCGGCCCAACACACAAUCACAGUCCUGCCCGCCUCACUGGGGGCUACUGGGAUCCCUCACAUCCUGCAGGGCUCUCUUGUUAGCCAGGGCGGGGUAAUUGUUACGCAGCCUGUAAUGGCAAACGGUAUACAGGUUAGCAGUGCUCCUGUGGCCCUGGCGGUCACGCCUAAGCCCCAGGCAGCAGCCCGCCCCAUGAUGCAGGCCCGACCAGCUGCAGCCCUGGUGGCAGACAAAGGCAUCAGUAUGGUGGUGGGAACAGUUGGCAGUAGCAGUACUGGGAGCAACAUCAUCAGCAGCAGUAAUAGUAGUAGGGGAGGGGGCGUUAGCAGUAUUAUUACUAGCAGUCAAGCUAGUGUCAUCAAUCUUAGUAUAGGAAACAGUAAUCAUAGUAAUGCUAAGGUGAGCGGUGUCAAUGGGAAAGUCAGCCGUGCUAACACAGACUGCAAUGACAAGAGCAAUAGUAAUGUUACUAGCCAUAUAAAUGCUAAGAACACUGAUCUCAGCAAAGCCAGCAGCACCGUGCAGAGUGUGAACACAGUAACCACAGAAACCAAAAACACCAUAGACAGCAAAUCUAAUAACAGUAACAGCAAAACAAGCAGCGAUGGACAGAAAAACAAAGAUGCCAACGGUAGCAGCAACAAAAGCACAGGUGCAGAUGACAUCGACCCCGGCCCCAGUGACUCUCCAAACGUCAAAAUGGAGGAGGCGUCUUCCCCUGCCUCAAAGUCUUCUUCCCCCUCUCCCGCAGCUCCUCCAAGCAGCACACCAAGCUCUCGGACACCUGUCAAUGCAUUCCUGGACCCCAGCUUUUACAAGGGCAAGAAGUCUCAGGAACAGCUCAACGCUCUGAAGGACAGCUUUCAGGUCAGCCAGUUUCCCGACCAGGAGGAGGUGGACCGCCUCAUUGCUCUGACAGGGCUCACAGUACGAGAAGUCCGCAAGUGGUUCAGCGACCGACGCUACCACUUCCGCCAGCUCAAAGGUACACGCUCCAGCACAGGUGGACAGAAUAAGUCUGGCACUGCAGCAGGAGCAGGGAGUGAUUCAAGUAUGCCAGGAGGUGGCGCCGCUGGCAGUGCCAACCCUGUUGAUCUGUCUGAAAGCAGCAGCAGCUCUGGCGCAAAAACACCCCAGCACAGUUCUGCACCCCUGAGUCCAACUGCAUCCCAGACUCCCACCUCUCCCACCACACCUUCCCGCCGACUCCUCAGACCAUCUCCUGAUUUUACAGCUAUCCGCUACAAGGAGAGAGAACCUCAUCAGUUAAAGGCUCUAGAGAACAGUUUUUCCCAGGACCCUGACCCAUCAGGAGAGGAAGUGGACAGACUGCGAUCUGAGACCAAGAUGACCAGAAGGGAGAUCCAUGGUUGGUUCGCUGAGCGGAGGAAGAGAGUGGCGGCUGAGAAAAAGAAAGAGGAGGCGGAGCGGGCGUUGAGAGAUGAGGAGUUGGAGACAGACGCUGACGGGGAGGAGAGACAGAAAGAGGACGGCUCAGGAGAGCUGAAAGUCAACCCUAUUAAAAUAAAUCUGAAGAUGCUGAAGGUGACGGAGGCCAACGGCAAAGCAGAGGGUGAAGGGUUGGAUAGCCCCACUUUACAGCUUCAAUCCAGCAGCACACCUGCAUCCUCCCCAUCCUACACCCCCAAACCAUCCCAGUCCUCCACCCCGACACCCAAACCAUCCCACUCCCCCAAACCCACAACCAUCCGAGGUAAGAAGACAGCGGAGCAGCUGCAAAUGCUCAAACAAGUCUAUGUGCGUACCCAGUGGCCCAGCGCUACUCAGUAUGAUGAACUGAUCUCAGCUACUGGACUGCCCAGGCCUGAGGUAGUGCGCUGGUUUGGGGACUGCCGUUAUAUGCAGAAGAACAGCCAGCUGAAGUGGCUAGAGGCUUACCAGAACAUGGCUCUUGAAGAGGACCUCCAGAAGGGGAACGCAGAGAUCCUGCAGGCCCACCUCGACAUCCAUGGCAGUCUGGAGGAGUCACAGUUGCAGGAGCUGGCUCAGGCUAGUGGUUUAACAGCGGACCUGGUGCGACAUUGGUUCUCCACCAAGGCGUCCUUGCCCCGAAUGGAACAUGCUGCUGCUGCUGCUUCUCACACGGCAGAACCAAGACCAGUUGCACCAGACGCAGCAGCUGAGCCACGAACAACAGGAUCCUCUCCUCUGGAGCCACAGCCAGGAGGAGGGACGGAGGAGAAAAUGGAGCAGUCGGUGUGUGGUGUCGCAACAGAAGCAGAGGAGGCAAACACUGACAUGACUGUGAAUCUUACUGAAGGAACUGACUGAAGAGGCCUUUUGUCUAAGGAAGGAGUUUCCAACGCAGGUGGUCUUUGUGUUAGCGGUCUGAUGAAAAGACGGCAGAUGCGUUUGUGUAACAGGAUCACUGGAUGGAAACCAUCCUUACCCAUCCCUCCCUCUCCUUCUCGCUCACACCCUUAGAGGUAGGCAUGACCUCCACCACUACGUGAGAUGGACACUAAAGCCACUAACCCCCCCCACCCCCCCCCCCCACCAUCCUCUCGGCCUCCGUUGUGGCCCACGCUACGCAGGCCUUCUCCAGUAUCCUCCCGUCCGCCAUUUUCUCUUCAGAAGGAACUUCCAGUAGAGACCGAAGUGCAGGAGUGGAUGGGGUGGGGUGGAGGGGAGGGGAGGGGAGGGGCAGCAUUUUUCUGCCGUGUUUGUUCCGCCUGCCUGCUGUGAUGGGAGAAAGGAAGAAAAAAAAAAAAAGAAUAAGAGGAUAGAUUUGGAGGAAGAAGGGGAGGAGAGAGAACAAAGGGAGAAAUGUGAUAAAGAUUGAGCCCCAUGAUGUUCAUCAGGGGAAGGGGUUGCUUUUGGACAGUUAUUGACCAAGCCAACUCUCAGAUCGGUUCGACAGAGUGUUUAGUGACUGUUCAUAGUUUGUUUGGGGGUACGAAAACCUGCACAGCUCUUUUCUACAGGGUGCUUGCCAAGGCCUUAAAGUAAAUCAAAUAAUUCUUUUUCUAUUGUGUCAUCUUCAUACUUUUUCGUGCACUCAUACACUUUGACUUCAUGCUUGCUGCUCACUUAAAAUGUGCUAGCUAGGCUGUCCAUAGCAUUUUGUUCCUCUUUUUUUUUUUUAACAUCUCUUUGUACAUUUCUUAUCUGUACAUACUAGUUGGUUACAGAGGACAUUAAAUUGUCCAGUUUGGGAAAAUGUCUGGAAUUCUGUCAUCCAAAGAAGGCAAGCACCCUGUUGUUUAAACAAAAAAAAAGCGACACAAUAUAGUAGACUAAAUGGAAUCUGGUUUGUGUUGUAGCAUCAAGUGCUUCUUUACGUCACUGACGUCUACGUACAUUUGUUUUUAUGGGACUUUCUUAUGAAAUUUGACUGUAAAAGAACUGUGAACUUUUACCAGAGUUCCAUACUUAAGGUCGAUGUAUAAUUUUUACAGAUGGUAUUUGCAGAAUAAACAGAAUGUAAUAAAUGUUUGGUUUCGAGUGUCAA